AGUGAUAUCCUGCUAUAUUACAGGUGGCUGCUGUAAAAGUGAAGCAGUGACAUCACAUAGUGAGACAGGCAGGGGGGCUACAAUAUAAAGGCUCAAACACAGCAUCAACCAUCCCCAGAGACAGGAAAGGUGAGGUAGACAGGGUCGUUCAGGAAGUUCGAUAAGGUGAACAGAUUUUUGAAGGAAUAACCAAGCAAAAAAAGGUGUAGAAAGAAAUUUAGUUGUAUGUUACUUCUGUUGUGAAGCUGCAGGUGGAGAUAAGAGGCAGAGAAAGGCCGAAUAGUCAGCCAGGAAGGCCAACGGGUGUACUGAAUUUUUUAACGUUUGAAAAGCUCGGUAACAGACAAAGAGUGGACCAGACUGACAUCGGACCUUCAAUUUUAGAAGUCAGAUCCUUGUUUUUUGUCAGUUUUGUUCAGUUUUGUUAAUGCCAUCCUUUUGGAAGAACCAUCUUAAGUUGAGUUUUUAAGUCCACAAGAUACUUCUCAAACCCCAGGAGUUGUUACUAUCAGAGGCGGUUCAAGCAUCAGUGCCAAAAUGUGUUCGGGCAGCUUUGCCAAGUGUCUGGGGAUCACUCUGAUACCUCUGGCGAUUGUGUGUGUGCUGUGUAACAUCCUGCUCUUCUUCCCGAGUGGAGAGCCUGCGGAGCACGAUCACAUCACAGACGAAGUGUUUUACUGUGGAGGCAUUCUUGGAUCUGGAGUGCUUAUGAUUUUCCCAGCUCUGGUCUUCCUGGGUCUGAAGAACAAUGACUGCUGCGGUUGCUGUGGCAAUGAAAGCUGUGGGCGGAGAUUUGCGAUGCUGAGCUCCAUACUGUUUGCAGCUGUGGGUGUUAUGGGGGCCGGUUACUCCGUCAUAGUUUCUGCUGUUGCUAUAAACCAGGGACCUAAGUGUUAUCAUGAGACGAAUGGAACGCAGGAGUGGGGGUAUCCCUUCAUGGAAAACGACUACCUGUCUGACAAACAAUUAUGGUCGCAGUGCCUACAGCCAAAGGAGAUUGUGCACUGGCAUCUCUCCCUGUUCUCUGUGCUGCUGGUGAUGGGUAUAAUCCAGAUGGCGCUGUGUGCUGUGCAGGUGGUGAACGGCCUGCUGGGAGCUCUGUGUGGCGACUGCUGUGGCUGCUGUGGAGGGAGCGAUGGAGCUGUCUGAGAGCUUCCUGCGGCUGUGAGAAUCAGAGUGCAGCUGUUCUUCCUGUAUUUAUUCUGGUUUUAGGAGGAUGACAGUUUCUUGCUUUAUGCUACAGUCAUACGUUUUUUUGGCCUAAGAGCUCAUGAUUGCAGUGUGAGAAUAAUCUGACAACACUGGUGAAAUGACAGAGCUCGGGUUUAAAGGGAUACUUAUUUACUCUCUAGCAAACACUAAUCACUCCAUCUUCUCAUUAUUAGAUUUGAAUGUGUGUUUUCUGCCAUCUUUUGGUUCUUAUGUCAUUUCUAAAACUGAUCUUUCUAUCUCUUGCAUUUAGUUUCAGUGAACUCAUUAAAUCAAUAAACAUUUAUAUUAUAUUUUUGAUAUGAAUAUGUAGAGCAGAAGGGGUCAUGAGACGUGAUUGCGCUUUUAAUGUUAUGUUUUAAUAUCUACGCUAAUAUUAACAAACUUGUUGGCAAAAUAUAUGAUUCAUUCUCUAAUUAUCAAGAUGUAGAGUCACUGUUGAGAUAAGAAACUAUAGUUUAUGUUGCAUGACUGCCCCCUGUUGUGCAUUUUGGUGUUGUGUAUAAGUCUGAAGGUGAUUGAAGACUGUACAGCAGUGGUCACCAACCCUGCUCCUGGAAAGCUACUGCCCUGCAUGUUUUAGGUAUCGGCCCACUCUAACACACCUGAUUCUAAUUAUUAGCUCAUUAUCGAGCAGUUGAAGCUCAUCAAGGGCUACAACACGCAGGGCAAUAGCUCUCCAGGAGCAGGAUUGGUGAGCACUGUUGUACUGCAAUAGUAUGCAUUCAGGAGAUAGAGUACCUGUAUUUGUGGAAAAAUGAUUAUAUUAGUGAUUCUGAAACUGUCUGUUGCAACAAAUUUCACAAGUUAUGGAUUUAAACAAAUGCGUUGUAACGUUUUUUCCACUCUGAACUCUUUGUUUUCUCAGUUAGUGGUGUUACUAAAGGACUUUUUUUCAUAUUACUUUUACACUGAUAUUACUUAACAAAUUGCUGAGAAUACACAUGAAUAUCACUGGGAUUUUGCACUUCUCUUUUAUACACUCUUUCAUAAGGCAUGUCGGCCUUCUUACAUGACACUAGCUUGUGUGAUCUUUCAUUAAAGUAUAUAUUUCUCUAA